UACAAAAACUGUCUGCUUUCUCUGAGCGUCCACCUAUUCGCGAACAGCGCUCUCUUUGGCAAGACGUUCGAUUUCUUCAGCACGCUUUCGGGGAACUUUUGAACCGCUUUCUUUGCAAACAUGAUUGCCUACCUGUUGCUGGUAGCACUGGCCGCUAUAGCCUCUGCGCAACGUGACGACUUCGACUGUCCAGACAAUUUUGGAUUUUACCCUCACUACCGAAGCUGUGAUAAAUAUUAUGCCUGUGAAAAUGGAACCGCUACUCUGAAGGUGUGCGGAAACGGCCUUGUCUUUGACGAUGCAGAUCCUCUAAGAGAGAACUGCGCCUACCCCUUCAGUGUGAACUGCGGAGAUAGGACAGACCUUGAGCCACCGAUCAGCACCCCAAACUGCCCAAGGUUGUAUGGAAUCUACUCAAACCAGGACAAUUGCCGCGUAUUCUACUCCUGCUGGAACGGGGAGGCUUCCCGAUAUGAAUGUCCUCCAGGAUUGGCCUACGACGCUGAACAGCGGGUCUGCGUUUGGGCUGAUCUCGUAGAAAGAUGCGACCAGUUCGAAGUUGCUGAAGGAUUCGUUUGCCCAGAUCCAUCUGAUGUUGAUCAACCUGGUCUGUACAGCAGACAUGCUCACCCAACAGAUUGCAGAAAGUUUUACGUCUGCAUUGAAGGUACAGCCAGACCUUACGGAUGCAGUCUCGGAACAGUUUUUAAUGUAGACAGCUUACAGUGUGAUGAACCAGAAAAUGUUCCAGGAUGUGAACAAUACUAUGGAGAACUUGACGUAAAAACCCUGAAGAAAGCUCAAGGUUGAGGGGGAACUACUACAGGAACCCGUCUAUCAAGGGUAACAUUUGAAUCGUGCCUUGCAGUCAAAGAUCUACGGCUCCUGUGUUCCACUCAUCUUCUGUACAUUCCAUUAAACAACAAAAACACCCGCACUAUCAUCCAAAAGAUACCAUCUCCAAAUCUGAACUUUCUGAAUUAACGCCCCAACUAAUUCCGUACGUCUCAUCCGCUUUCAACUUGAGACGGAAGUUAAACUGUAUUAAGUUAUUGACCCCCCCCCCUCCCUCAUUCUGUUUUAAAUGUAAUAUUCGAAACAUCUUUUUACCCUGCGCAGUCUAAAGUGCUUGCUUACAGAAUGAAAACGAAGGGUGUUCCUUCCUAUUCUAAAUAACAAUACAUAAUAAUAUUAACUCCUCCCCUAAGAAUCUCCAUCUAUCAACACGGCAACGCUGCUGCGCAGACAUGAAAACGUGCCAAUGCUCUAGCUUUUUAUAUUAUUAUUAUUUUCUCUAUUCAUAUACGACUUGCUCUCAGUACAUGUGACUGUUUGUAAAACAAAUAAUGUCUUAAUUUACGAGUGUGUUUUUUGCUAUGAUUACUUCAGUCAUUGCUUGUCUAAGAGUUUACGGUUGUACCCUUUGAAUGGGGAGUAAACUGAAUUGUAAAUGAUUUACAUGUUGUUUGGUGUAAAUAAAGAUUUCUAAAAAAAAAAAAAAAA